CCUGGACGCCGGCGUGCGGCGGCGGCGACGCGCGGGCGGGCGGCAGAGGCGGAAGCGGCCGGGCGCGGCCAUGGCGGCGGGCAUGGGGCAGCAGUGGGUGCUGGUGGAGAUGGUGCAGGCUUUCUACGAGGCUCCUGCUUACCAUCUCAUUUUGGAAGGAAUUCUGAUUCUAUGGAUAAUCAGACUUCUUUUCUCCAAGACAUAUAAGCUUCAAGAGCGAUCUGAUCUAACGCCUAAGGAAAAAGAAGAGCUGAUCGAAGAAUGGCAGCCAGAGCCUCUUGUACCUCCUGUACCAGAAGAUCACCCAGCUCUCAACUACAACAUUGUUUCAGGUCCUCCCACUCAUAUAAUCACUGUUAAUGGCAAGGAAUGUAUAAACUUUGCGUCGUUUAACUUUCUUGGACUUUUGGAUAACGAAAAGGUUAAGAGUGCUGCCCAGGCAUCUCUGAAGAAAUACGGUGUUGGCACCUGUGGACCUAGAGGAUUCUAUGGUACUUUUGAUGUGCACUUAGAAUUAGAAGAACGACUAGCAAAAUUCAUGAGGACAGAGGAAGCUAUUAUAUACUCAUACGGAUUUGCAACAAUUGCCAGUGCUAUUCCUGCAUAUUCGAAAAGAGGGGACAUUGUAUUUGUAGAUGAAGCUGCCUGCUUUGCUAUUCAGAAGGGAUUACAAGCAUCUCGUAGUAACAUCAAGUUAUUUAAGCAUAAUGAUAUGGCUGACCUUGAACGACUGUUGAAAGAACAAGAGACUGACGAUCAAAAGAAUCCUCGCAAGGCCCGUGUAACUCGAAGGUUUAUUGUAGUGGAAGGAUUGUAUAUGAACACAGGAGACGUUUGCCCUCUUCCGGAAUUGAUAAAAUUGAAGUAUAAGUACAAAGUUAGAAUAUUUCUAGAGGAGAGCCUUUCCUUUGGAGUCCUUGGAGAACAUGGAAGAGGAAUUACUGAACACUUUGGAAUAAAUAUUGAUGAUAUAGAUCUUAUUAGUGCAAAUAUGGAAAAUUCACUGGCUUCUAUUGGAGGAUUUUGCUGUGGAAGAUCUUUUAUUAUUGACCAUCAGCGAUUGUCUGGUCAAGGCUACUGCUUUUCUGCAUCCCUACCUCCUUUGUUAGCUGCUGCUGCUAUUGAGGCUUUGAAUAUUAUGGAAGAUAAUCCAGACAUUUUUCAGACUCUCCGGGCAAAAUGCGAACGAAUUCACAAAAUUUUACAGGGGAUUUCUGGCUUAAAAGUAGUGGGAGAAUCUUUUUCUCCAGCAUUGCACCUACAGUUGGAAGAGAGCUGUGGGUCUCGAGAAAGUGAUGUGAAGUUACUCAAAAGAGUUGUGGACUAUUGCAUGAACAGUGGCAUUGCGUUAACUCAGGCCCGCUAUCUGGAGAAAGAAGAAAAAUGUCUUCCUCCACCUAGUAUUCGGGUAGUGAUAACAGUGGAACAAACAGAACAAGAACUGGACAAAGCUGCAUCACUUCUUAAGGAAGCUGCACAGGCUGUAUUGAAUUAGACUGCUGUUUUGCUCUUUCCCUAAAUUAUCAGGAUAAGUGUUUUACACUGUAUAGUGACUUCACUUUAGAUAUACAGGUUCUUCCACAGAUAGCACUGAAACCUGACUGAGUUACAGGAUUGUUCCAGAAUGAUACAAAUGCAGUGAGGGGAAGAAUGCUGAAUUUUGGAACUGGUGAAUGACACAGUGUACUUGCAAUUCAAACUCUACCAUUUACUAGCAUUCCUUAAAAUGAGAUAUCACUGUUGCAUACAGGACUCUUUCAUAAGUUGCUUUUAUGUUUAUGUCUUCAAACCCUUAAACAUUUUCAAAAAUGUAUACUGACAUUCAGUUUUCCCCAAAAACGUCUGAAAUGUAUCAUUUUCUCUGCAUGUUCUCAGAAUAUAGGAAUUUCAAAUAAAUUUAAAGGAAUUACUCCCCCAGUCCUCAAAUUAAGAUAGGGUGUUCCUAAAACUGCCAAAAGGGAGAAAAAUAAAACAUUAAGAUACAAUUUUGUGCUCUAUUAUGUCAUUUAUUAUUGAACUAUAGGAGGAACUUCAAUUUUUUUUUUUUGCUUAUAUCUUUUUCUAACCAUUUUUGGAAGCUAGUUUUUAACAAUGCCUGGCCAGACAACUCUAUUAUCUAAAUGAUAAAUUAAUAUUAAAUACUAUUUGCUUCCUGUAUUUCAUAUGUAAUUAUGCAUGUUUGAUAUUAUGGGUGAGGUUUUUCACAUUAGUAACUUUAAAACUUCUAAACUGAAACCUCUGAAUUGUGAAAAUGGUGUAAUUCCAUUAUCAUAUGUUCAGUCAGGGUGGCUUUGCACCAGUCUUGAAGAACCGUAAGCAAUAUGAAGAAUGAACCAAAGUUUUAAAAUAGCAACUAAACACUUACUUAGUCAAACUACUUUGAAGCACUGAAAUGGCGUGUGUUAAGUUGUACCUCUAAACAUCUAUGUCUUAGAGGGGAAGACUGACAGAAGCUGGUAAGAGUUUAGAUGGUACUAAUACUACUGAAACAACUCAAUAUGUGCACAUAAAAUCCCAACAUAAUUGGAUAAUAAUAUUUUGAGGUUGUGCUGUCAGGAUUUUCAGUAAACACAAAUGGACAUUACACAAAUGAACACACUGCACUAAUCAGAGGAAAGUGGUAAGAAAGAAUGACAGUGAACUGUACCUUUUUAUAAGAUAAUACCUAUAGCUAUGUAUUUCAUGAUUUUGCUUUAAGAAAGCCAUUUAUAUUCUGCCUUAUCUGUAUUCUGCAUUCUUUUGUACUUACGUGCCUUUUUGGUUGCUGCUACAAGGACUACAAGACUAUUUUUGAGAAACACCACUGUUUAAAUAAAAAGUUAAUCAUGUUUGAUUCAGAUUUUUACUUAUAUAAUUAGAUUUUAUAGCAUGUUCAACCAUAUUUUGUUGAAUAUUCUGCAUCAGAUGAGCAUAGUCUAGGUUGCCUCUUUCAGUUCAUAAUGACUGUCUCUGCGCUGGCUUUCAAAACUUCACACCUGCAUAUAUUCAGACAAACCACCUAAAGUCAUGUUGGGGCACUUUUGUGAUUGUUGCUUGACUAUCUGACAUAGUCAAAUGAUUAUUUGUGCAAUGUAGAUCACAAUAUGAAAGAAUAUUCCUGUUUCACUGACAUUUACAUUUUUCUCUAUUAACUGUGAGUAAAAGCCUGUGAGAAGCCAACAAUGUAAAAGAGCAAAAAUGUGGGGAAGGAAGCUGAUUCCUGUUUUACAGACUGGAACAGAAGUGCAGAACAAUCAACCUCAAGGCUCUCAGAGAUUGUGAGAAAUGGGAAUUAGUACUUAGCACUAUACUUUGAGCAUAUGAGCCAUUUUUGGUUUGAUAAUUGAAUCCUGAAUAUACAAGUAAACUUGAGCCUUUGAUGUAUAAAGGGGACAAAUGAGGGACUUGGAUUCUGAUGCAGCAUAAUAAAUGGUUUUGGAGUUCAAAGUAGACCUGUGAAGGUAAGGAAAUCACCAGUUAACAUUGAAACACUAGGUUGCAGAAUCAAUAUUCACUUCUUGCAUUUUGUUUUAGGUUUUCUGCAAAAGGGGAGAAAAUUUUUUGUUGCACAUUUGAGAACUAGCAACAAUCUUUAGAUAUAUGGGUUUGUUUUGCUGGUUUUGUUUUUCUUUCUUGCUUUAAAACGAAGUGAUAACACCUAAAUUUUCAGGAAGCGGUGUGGAAUUUCUGGAAAUUGCAAAGCUAAGUGAUUCUGAUGAAACAAAAGUUCAAGUAUGUUGCUAAGAGAUACUGUCAUCACGUUCACUUGGCAAACACAUUCUCAGCAUUAAAAGAUUGGUAAAACUGCCUUUAUCCAUCUUGUUUACAAGUGUAUAGAAAAGAAGCAUUUAGAUCACACUAAAAUGAACACCUUGUGGUUGAUAGCAGUCGAAGUAUUGCUAUAAUGUCUGUUUUACUGACAGGUUAUAUACAAGGUUUCUGUGAGAGAUGAAGACACAUGUGAGAUGUAGCUGGUGGAGAGAGAUAUCCCCAGUCAGUUUAAGCAUGUUUGGCCCUCUUCAUUUUGUCUUUUUGACAAAUGUCUCUGGGAUGACAAGCCAAUGAAGGGAAUAAUGGCUCUGGGGAAAAAGGUUGCCUGGGGUUAGGGAGACAGCAAGCUAUUCUGGAUAAACUUACAACAUUAAAAAAUUAGAAGCCCAUUAAAGUUCUUAAGUUCUCAGUGCUCUAGGCACUAUGAACAAGCCUGUUUUAGUUCCUUUGUGGUUAUGUUUGGAUGAAGCGGGACUUCAUCCAUUUCUUCAGAUGUGGGAGUGAGGCUGGGGUCUUAGUAAAUAAAUGGAAAGCUAUUUGGCAGGAUACUGUGAGGUAACUCAAACAUAAAGGCCUUAUCCUAAACUUCAGAGUUUCUAUUGAAAAUAAAUAUCUGUAUUCUUAAUUCAGCUAAUUUAUGUAUUUUGCCCUGCCAGGUAUUUGGAACACAGUUUCAGCUAAGUGGAAGCAUCAGGAUAAUAAAUAGUGAUCAAAAAUAAAUGUUCGUAUUUUUUUUUUUACUGAAGAUUAGUAUCUGGUAGUUGAGAAGGAAUGCAUUGUAACUGUAAUAAGGUGGCCAUUGAAAUUGUCCUGAUGAAAGCAUUUGUUUGCAAUAUGUGGGGACUGGGAUGGACUGGAAGGAAUUUAUACUUUGAAGAGAUUUUGGCUUGAAGAAACAUGUCUACAUGAUAUAUAUAUAUAUUUGUUUAAACAAAGAUAUCUGUUUUCUUUGAAUAUUUAAAAAUAGUUGAUUGUUGUUUGUGGAGUUUGUAUAGGUUCAUUGUUUUUAUGGAAAACCUGCAGAUGCCUUUUCUGUUUAUUACAGUAAUUAUUUUGGAUUGGAGGUGAAAUGCAUAAGGAGAGUAUUAAGACAGAAAUAAAGGUAUGGCUGACUAACUUAAAAAAAAAAUCUAACUUUUGAAAUACGAUCCCAGUCACUGCACAGAAUGGUGUACUGUCUCCUUUCUGUCACUCCAUCUGGACUUUAUUAUUUUAAACAGGGUUGUGGAGUGUUAGCAUUCACUGAUCUAUGAAGCUGCUACUGCAAAAGUGUCUUGCAUACUAAGAUUACUUGAGAAAUGUACAUCAUCUGUAAAUGCUGCUUAAACAGGAAAUAUUUACAACUAACACAAAGCAUUUGUACAUUAGAUCGUUUCAGUGUCCUAAUAAAAGGAAGUGUCUGGAUAACA